AUGCGCAUGAUAAAAAUGCUUGCUCGACGUGUGUACUCUACAAAAGACAGUAAUGAUCCGCUGAAUGCAGAAAUUGACGACGAUAUCUAUAUUGAUACUAAAGAGUUGUGCAAAAGAAUAGCGUAUGAGCUGAAACAACAUUCCAUCCCUCAGGCUAUCUUCGCUGAACGAAUUCUGUGCAGGAGUCAGGGAACGUUAUCAGACUUGCUACGAAAUCCCAAACCUUGGAAUAAAUUGAAAUCUGGUCGUGAGACAUUCCGACGCAUGUUCAAUUGGGUACAGCAGCCACUCGCAAUGCGACUAGGAAUUCUGGAUAUGUGCAAACAAGGUAAGACGUCAGCCAAUGUUUAA